AUGGCCGUUGUUGUCAGUUGGUGCUUUCUUGUCUUGUUUCCUUGUUUGCAAGCCUUGAGUGUUUUCUCUCCUCCCAACGGUCAGAAACUCGAAAAGAUUGCCACGCACCCUCAAUCGGGAACCAUCUACGUAUCAGCGGUGAAUGCUGUUUAUCAAUUGACGAAAGACUUGGAAGCAGUACAGGAAUACAUCACGGGACCUAAACCGUCAGGUGAUUGUCUUCCUCUCUCAUUGGCAAACCAGAUAGGCAUAAGGGGUUCGGCGUGUUUGGAUGGCUUGCCCCUUAAAGACAGUCAUACACAUUUAAUGAUUGUCAACGAGAAUGAUAACACGCUGAUUAUAUGCAACACAGUCGAUGCCGGAACUUGCAAUUUGCAUGAUUCUUCAGAUAUUUCUCGUAUUGCAAUCAACAGCAGCGAGAUUUUGAAAAGAGCGAAUUCUGCAAUAUUUCAUCCUCUAAAUAUAAUAGCACCGGUUGCUGUUUCGACCUCUGACAAAGAGUUUAGUCGUGCCGUCAUUACAACUAAUCAUCGUGGAGAUUCUUUGUUAGUUGUAGCGACUCUCCGUCAUUUUUCCCAAAAAUUGCGGUUUUUAGCUUUACCUUUCAUAACUGUGAGAAACUUAAGUGAACCCGAAAUGCUUAAACCUGUAGGUAAGCUUGACUUCUAUAAUUGGAGACGCUUACAUGGUGACUAUCAUUAUCCCAGACAGUCGUUCACUGCUCCUCCGUAUGUAUACUUCACGUCAAUCCAGGAAUCUUCGAGUAGUGACUCCUACAAAACCGUCCUAUCACGUGUCUGUAUGGAAGACACGGGAAUUAAAAGUAAACCUAUCAUUGACUUUCUAAGGUCAUACAUGGAAGCGGACAUUGCUUGUCGGUCUUCAAAUGGAACAAUGUAUAAGUAUCUUACAGCACAAAGCGUCACAUACCCUGGAGCGUCGCUGAGAAUGAUACUCAACUUGUCACCAUCGGACGGAGUACUCCUCGCCGCAUUUGCUCAAGAAUUCGAUUCUAUCAAGGACGAGGAGAGAGGACCAUCUGUUGUUUGUAUGUUUCUGUUGAAUGAAAUGGAGCAGCAAUUUAGAGUAGAUGAGAAUCGUUGUCGAGCUGGAAACGGAACGAUGGAAUUAACACGUGAAGGAAUCUCUUUCCCCUGCUCACUAGUUGCACCAGACUGGAGCAGCUCCAGGUGUUCUCCGGAUGACGGCGCAUUUGUAUAUUAUGACGAAGUGAGACAACCAAUAGAGUCCGCACCCUUGUGGUACUUGCCUAGUUCGGUUGUCUCAUCGACUGCCAGCACUGUCGUGGGUAAGAAAACAAUUUUAUUUGUUGGAACGGACAAAGGACGUAUUGUGAAGUUAUCGAUUGAUGACAGGGUUUCUGCAAGUUUUAUGGAAGAGAUACCUUUGGCUCUGCAUUUUAUUUCAAAGAUCUUGUCGAAUGGAUUGAUUCUUACUAACGACUCUCAGCAUAUCUACGCUUUGUCUGACACAAAGAUUGUCAGAGUGGAGGCUGAGAAUUGUAGUGUCUUCUCGAAUUGCUCACAGUGUGUGGCAGCAUUUGACUCUCUAUGCGGAUUUUGUGUAUUAGAAAACAAAUGCUCACUACGUUCCAACUGCAAUGGCUCCUCAAAUUUCCUUCUUUGGCUUGAUACAGAUGACUCUCAGUGUAUCACCACUAACCCGGAAACUUCCACAGCAUACAUUAGUUCACCCAAACAAAUUGCUGUUGAAAUUGCCAACGUUCCGGCUGUUGGAUCUUACAGUUGUGUUUUUGGAGAUUUGGAAACAACGCCAGCUGUGAGGAGAAACUCUUUUUCUAGUGACACCGGACGGGAUGUGUUUGAUUGUUGGACUCCUGCACUCGAUCACCUGCCUGGUGGACAAGCAAAUAUGACGGUUCGGGUGUCUUUAAUCUCACAUGAAACGAGUCUAGUUGUAGUCAGCAACGUCGCUUCUGUUCACCUCUACUACUGCCAGGUGCUGCAAACUUGUUCUGAGUGUAACCUGUAUCCGUGUGGUUGGUGUCAAUACAAUAGUCUUUGCACUGAUACACACACCGAAUGUAGAAAUGAAGACAAGCGCUACUUUACUACGAAUGAUUCUUCCUGCCCCAGACUUGAAGGUGGCUCCUACUUCAUACCAUCUGGUUUGGACACAUGGAAUCUCACAGUACAGACAGAGAAUCUACCAUAUCCCGAGGUGAAUGACAAGUACGAAUGUCGACUACUGAUCAUUUCUGAAAUGAUGAGUUUUGUUUAUCCUGCUGUGCGAGUCUCUCCAUCGUUACUAAUCUGCGUCAUGUCACAGUUUACUUACUCUUCAAACGACAGCAGUGUGGUGUCUUCUCUAGAUGUGCUUUGGAAUGCUUUUGGUUCUAAUCAAAGUUAUGUAAUAGAAAGGAAAGAAUCUGUAGAAUUGACUGCUUACAAGUGCAAACUAGCUGCAGCGACUUGUAGCGUUUGUGCAGAUAUCAGAAGAGAGAUGUUGUGUGGAUGGUGUCAUCAGUCUCAGCAGUGCGUUGUUCAACGACAAUGUACCGGCAAUUGGACGUCUGAAGACGCUAGUACUUGUCCUCAUCCCAUUAUACACACGGUGCGUCCACCGAGGGGUCCAGUAGAAGGAGGAACUGUUAUAACAAUAGAAGGAAAGGAACUGGGAAUUUCUUUUUCUGACAUUGAACGUGUUCUUGUGGGUAAUGUCGAGUGUCAACUUGUCAGCAGUCAAUACAAGCCCGGGACACGAAUAUUGUGUAUAACAAGACCAGCCAACAUCUCGGGCAUUGUGAACAUCACAGUUUGGAUUGACCAAACCGAAGUGGUCACAUAUGAAAGCUACGAGUACUUGAUUGUCCGCUUGUUUGAUUUCUCUCCUACGAGGGGUCCUCGCUCUGGUGGCACUCUUCUUAAAGUAAGCGGCACAAACCUGGAUGUUGGGGUCACGAUUGCUGUACAUGUGGCUGGGAUUCCGUGCAAUAUAGAGCAAUGGAACAGAAACGACACUCUAUUUUGUCGCACUGGACGUUUGGUGAACGAGACUACGAGCACAUUACCAAGCAGUUGGUUUAGCGGUAAUGUUCAAGUAUUAAUCGAUAACGCGAUUGCAACAAGCUUCAAGAACUUUUCCUAUACACCCGAUCCUACAAUAACAAGAAUAUCACUCACAAGAGGCUUUGCAAGUGGAGGAAUACCAAUUGAAGUCGAAGGCAAUAUGCUUUUAUCCAUUCAGAAAUCCGAAAUUAUUUUUACUCACGGCAACAUUUCGUACACUAGAAUGUGUACUGCUCCAAAAUCAGAGACAGUGAUGGUUUGCUUACAGCCACCUGUACCGGUGACCUCUGAUGUUGACGUGACUGUAAAGUUUGUUGUGGACAAUGCUCCAUCUUCAGCGUUGUUUCCAUUUACCGUUCGACCUAACCCUCAGUUUCAUCAACGUUCGAUCGAUUUCAAUCCGGAGACAGACAAGUUUAUUGUUAUUAAUGGGUCGAACUUGGACGUGGCCGACAAAAGUUUGUAUCGCGUGUCUCUCAGCGACGACGUCGCUUGUAUUGUCAGUGUACUAGACAAAACGUCUCUGGUGUGUGAACCUCAAGAUCUAGAGUGCAUUGAUAAAGUGGGAACAGGAAAGCAAGUCUAUCGACUCCAAGUUAUUGUCGGAGAUUAUAACAAAACAAUUGGAGACGUCAAUUGUAUUGUCAGUGAAAUAGAAGUUGUGGGUCAUAAAAGUUCAUCUGGUUUAUCAUUGGCUAUUAUUAUCGCAGUGGCUGUCAUUUCGCUUGCAGCUGUUGGCUGUGCUAUCCUGAUAAUUCUUAAACUUGUACUUCGACAUCGUUCAAUCUCACGCGCAAGAAUGAAUUCGUAUGCAGAGACAACGACACCUGCAGUCGCAGUGUCUAAUCCUUUGUGGCUGCUUGAAUGGCCUAAAUACGAGGGAUUUCAACUGGAUAGAGAUUCUUUGACGAUAUUGCGAGAGUUGGGGUCUGGAGAGUUUGGAAUGGUGUAUCUGGGAUCUAUGAAAGGUAAAGAGAAAUCGGAUGAGGAGAGGUUAGUAGCAAUCAAGACAAUGAAGAUGGAAGGAAGUAGGGAGAAGGGAGAAGAAUUUAGAAGAGAAAUGGAACUGAUGAUGGAAUUUAGUCAUCCGCAUAUCGUAACUCUGAUAGGAGUAUGCACCACUGAACAACCAGUAUAUAUCGUUACUGAACUGAUGGAUAAGGGUGAUUUAAAGCAUUUUCUAAUUAGCUGUCGUUCGGAUGGUGUACUUCCUGCCAAGCUUUCUCUCCAACAGCUAUUGAUCAUUUGCGAGCACGUUACUUCAGGUGUCGCCUAUUUGGCAAGUCAACAUUAUAUUCACCGCGAUAUUGCAGCCAGAAAUUGUCUGGUGAAAGGAGAAGAUGACAACAAAUUUACCGUAAAGUUGGCAGAUUUUGGAAUGUCUAAAGAUAUUUAUCAAGAGGAUUACUACAAAAAGCAGGGAGGUGUGCUGCCAAUACGUUGGAUGGCACCAGAAGCAAUUCUUGAUGGAAGGUACACACUGCGGUCAGAUGUUUGGUCCCUAGCAGUCGCGAUGUGGGAAAUCGUUUCGUUUGGUCGUUUGCCAUAUUAUGGAAUGAGCAAUAGGGAUGUUCUCAGUGGCGUUUGCUCUUGUUCCGUUCUUCUUAACUCUCCUCCAUCUUGCCCGGAGCCUCUCUACAAUUUAAUGACACAAUGCUGGAACAAAAAUCCGGAAGAUCGCCCCACUGCUACAAAAAUUCAUGAUCGAAUUGAUGGUAUAAUAUCUGAACAGGCUGAUUACCUCAUACUUGAUGGCACUGAUGCUUCUACGUGGACUGGAGAAUCUGCAAAGUACGUGAAGAUGAAGUCCGCGCCUACAUCAAUGGUGGAAGACGGAGAACUCGCCGAAGACGGAAAGCUGACGACUGACAAUAUUAGAAAGACAAGAAAGAAGGUCUUCACGAUUGAUAUAUAGUUAGCUUAGCAGCAGCCUAUAGCCUUAAGUGAUGAUAUGAACAGGAUAGAAGCAUGCGUGGCGCAUGCAUGCACACGUAGAAUCAACUUGUGAGCGUAUUUGUCGUAUCAAACUGUAGCAUAUUUAGCACGUGUUGUGUGAAGAAGGUAGGCAUUUGUAGUCUUCCAUUUCUACUUUGUCAUUUAUUAGAUACAGUGUAGUCACUAUACGUUCCUUGGUAAUCAAUAUUUUUACUUCUGAUGUUG